UGCAAUAUUCUGUUCACUGUACGAGCGCCUAAGAUUGGCUACGUUGGAUCUGCAAUGCGUCAAGCAAUGGCGCCCUAAUGUUACCUCAGUGGUUUUGGAAAAUGGUGUAACCGGACAGUCUACAUUGUAACACAGAGUAUUUUUGCAAUACUGUAAUAAUUGCUUACGACAAGACGUUUCUUUCAGUCUUUGUAGUUUCUCAAAAUGUUUCCUCCUCACCUGGCAAGGGCUCGAUUUGAGUUUUUCGGGAGGAGUGGUGGUGAUUGGCGAUUGGUCACCGCAAACAUACACGGAACAUGUAGUCGCGGAAUUUUAAAUGGCGGGUUUCGAUGAAGGAAUAUAGAAUUACAAUAUUAGAAAGCUUGUGCUGAUUCCAAGUCUAUUUUGUAAAUUAGACCAGUACUGGAUACAAACAUCAAGAUUUACCAAUUUACUAUGGCUAAACAAACUGUUUAAUAGUAAUGAUGAUUGAUUUUAGACAAUUAUCUCGCAGCCUGCAACAAUCAAUGGACUGGCAAACCAUUGAAUUAACGAUGAAUCCCAAAAACAUUCACGCUUUAAUCAGUUUAUGGAAGUGACUGAUUGAUUCAUGCUCAAAGAUGAAUAGGCUAAACUAAAUCAUAAAAUAUGCCAUCAAGAUAACAUGAUUUAGCCUAAAAUUAUAGCUGCUACCCCUCCAACAACCCACAGUCGCUUCCGAGAUGACGUCAUAUUUAUCCGACUGUUUACAUGCAGGGGAGAACAACACAUGACUCUAUUUCCAGCUUUUGUACGAUUAUCAAAUACAAAACCUGAGAAUGCACCUAAAGUGAGGAGGUGCAGUGUCAGCUGGAGGGGUCUUUUGUGUGGCUAGAUGACCUCUAGACCCCCACCGAUUGGCCCUUCUGCGUGGACAGAAGAGCAGACCUUUCCAACUUGGAGUACAAAUCGCUCUACAGAGAAGACAUCGCUAGGUACAAGAGGAAAAGCCGUUCUUCUCUGGGUUUGGACCCGCGAUCUCAGGCCAUGAGCUGGUCUGAGUCUGGCCCAGAGAAGAAGAGAGGGGACAGAGACCCGACCGCUACUUCUCCCUCACUGUCCGCCAGCUGCUGAGGUCAAAUCCACGCUGCCUAGACCACCACCAGAGGUCACUACCACCUUACCCUUCAUCCCUGUGCCCCCUUGCCUGGAAGGUGAGGCUGAGGGGGGUGGUUCUGCCCUGGGCCAGGCCCCCUGGGUCAACCCACUGGGGGUGUAUGACUCCUCCACCUCCCUGUGGCUUCAGAGCAGGGCAAGGCAGAGAAAAAACCCUCUACUCCCAGAGACAAUGCUGCCGCCCUGCUGGCUGAACAGGUGGAGGACUUUAACAGGAGGCUGAGGGAAACCUCCAGACACACACACCUGGCUGCAGUUUGUCCACUUCCAGGACGAGGUGGCGAGUGCCCCCGGGGUGUUUGGUGACAUCUCUGAGAAUGAGAAGAGGUCAGCGAGGCCACGCAUUUUGGAUCGAGCGGUGGACAGUAACCCCAGCUGUGUGGAGCUAAAGCUGGAGCUACUGCGUCUGUGCAGGGAGCUGUGGGAGCCAGCAGCUCUGUUGAAGGAGUGGAAGAAACUGGUGUUCCUGCACCCCAACAGCCCCCCCCCCCCCCUACCUGCUGUUUGUGCAAAGCCACUCAGCACCUUCUAUGUGUCAAAGGUCAAUACGGUGUACGGGAAGUGUCUGAGCACACUGGCGGUAGUGCAGGAUGGGAGCAUGUUGUCUCACCGGGCGCUGCCGGGCACUGAUGAACACAUGCCACAUGCAAUAUACACUACAUAUUAUUAUGUUUUAAAUUCAAUUUAGCACGAAUAACUUAUUUAAGGUAGACUCAGCGAUAUGGCGUCGAUGCAGAAAGUAAAUGGCAUAGUGGGGCAAUUUCCGCAGCAACUAAGAGCGUUGAUGCGUGACGCUCAAUUUCUCCGCUGUUUUGGUGCUCUAGCUACCACACUGUGAACAGCGCGUAGCGAACCCGUUUCACGAGCGAGAAUUAUGGUUCAAGUUUCUCCUCGUCAGUAUGUUAUGUGCUGCUGCUGUAUUGAACUGUUUGUGGUUCAUUCUGCAUGUUUGCACUGUUACCGUGAGAGUGGAAGAGAAGAGUUGAUGAGUCGUCAUUUUGGUGGAAGAGAAAGGUGCCGUUGUCUCUAAUAUCAUGUUGUAGGGAUUGUUUCGAUGGUCUAGACAUGGAGGGAGGGAUUGAGAGCUGUCAUUCUUCUACUGGGGUCAGCUAAUAGAUGACGUGUGUGUGUUGUGUUGUUUAUAUAUCUUUCAACUCCUUUCAGAAGCCUUUGGUAUGGAUUUGAUGAGCUUAUAAUCUCUUGUGAUAGACUAAAUUGAGUUAGCUGGCUAGCUGGGCUCCCGAGUGGCUCAGCGGUCUAAGGCACUGCAUAUCAGUGCUUGAGGAGUCACUACAGACACCCUGGUUCGAAUCCAGGCUGUAUCACAACCGGCCGUGGUUGGGAGUCCCAUAGGGCGGCGCACAAUUGGCCCAGCGUUGUCCGGGGUUGUCCAGUGUAGGCCGUGAUUGUAAAAUAAGAAUUUGUUCUUAACUGACUUGCCUAGUUAAAUAAAGGUAAGACCAAAAAAGAAGAAAGCUAGUUACAUUAUUGUGGUUAUAUCAUGAUGUCAUUGCCAGAUGUCUAUGGGUGCAGCAGAGCCAUAGUACCAGAGCCUCAGCAGGCGAAAGUUGUGGAAUGGUGCAGAUAGAUGUCAUAAAUAGAACUGACAUAAUUCCUUCUACAAGACAGUUAUAUCUGCAACUUUCUGUAACAUCUUUCACCUUCCUGAGAAGACCCCUAAACAGGUUUGUGCUGUGUCAUGUUUCUGACCACUGCCAGGAGAAAAGGACCCGGGAGGAAGGGAGGGAGAAGGAAAGAUGAGAGAGGGAGUGGGAGAGGCAGAAAGAGGGAGGAUAAUGGAUAUCCAGUGUCCACGCUGCUGAUCCAUGAUAUGAAUACUGCAGCGAUGGCUUAGCCUCCUGGCCCUCUGGCAGCUGCCCUUCAAUUUGUCUAAUGAAACUAUUAUCUAGUUAGACUGGCUGGCCAUCGGUCAGUCUGGGUAGGGCUGCAAACUGGGCUGAUCCUGGAACUAUCCUGUCAGGGCUUUAGCCUGUUGAACAAUGAUAAGGAUGGGACGCACUCCAGGAACAAUUCAAGCCCCCCCCCCGUCUAAGUAAUAAGAUUUAGACAAACAGAAGCCAGUACUCGGCAUUCAUUAGCCUACUGGAACAAUUUGUCUGUCUACCACAGCUUACUGUUAUUACAACAAUGGCUGGUUGUCUAAGGGUGGAAUAACAUGAUAUACAUUUGAUGUUAUCCAGUGAUGCCUCGCUUAUUCAAGUCACCUGGAAUUUUGUUUAACAUACUGUAACUAUUUGGGUUCACAGAUCACCUGCUGCAACUCAGAAAACAGGCUAGCUGUUUCAGGUUCAACACAUGUACGUAAUCACUUGUGGAAUCUUUGGUAUUCUCAACUCGACUUGAUAGGUACAGAAAGCUCUUUUAUUUGAGUGAUUCUCUUGCUAUAAUAUGAUGGUCACAGACUCCCUCUUGUGGUUGGAUAGUACAUAUUUGAGCGUUUCUGCAGCUGCACCGUUGACAGAUCAAACAGUGUGGGAGAUCUAAGCAUGGAAUAAGCAGCUGUGCUAAAACUGGACCAUAGCCUCUGCCUACAUAAGAAUGCCGGUCAUAUAUCUACACCGGGCUCCUUGCAUCCCGCUGAGGGAGACUGUCAGUAUCUUUGACUGUUUGUUUCCUUUUAGAAAAUGCUGACGGCAGGUAGCCUGGUACCAGAUCUGUGUGUGCUGUCUUGCCAACUCCUAUGGUCAGUGUCAUGCCAAUGAUUAUACGUGUUGGGCAAGACAGUACAAACAGAUUUGGGACCAGACUACAAGGCAGGGCAAUGCAAACCCCAACUUGUAGAGAAGGAGACGGCAGCAUUAAUUAUAACUCGAUAAGGAUUUAAUGAAUAAUGAAGGCCCGCUUUUGAGAAGCUGCCAUUUCAUGUGACCUCAGGGAUGUGUGCCUUUAAUUCGCCUGCUGAAUUUUUCAUUCAGGAAAGAUUAGCUAUCUGUUAUUACUUUUCAAACCUUUUUUUCCUGCCAUCUCUCACUUUAUUUUCCUCAUCCUACUCAGUUUUCUCUUCACUAAGCUCGCACUAAACGAAUGGACCUGUGCUGGUUCUAAUAGGUGGGAUUGAAGUGGGUGCUUUGUGUCACGGCACGAGUCAAAAGGCCACCUGUGGGGCAGGGGGCAGGAAUACAAAAAAAGCAAGACAAGACGGACAACACAGACAGAAGACACUUGGCAACAGCACAGAUGCCUCAGCAGACAGACGGUGGAAACAGCACUUCACUACAAGAGACAUCAUCAUCACACUACAUGAAGGGAAACCUAUGACAACAAAAAUAUACAUGGCACAAACAACGUUAAGGCCAGGCAACAGCACGAGGGAAAAAGACUGUCACAGUACAAGCAACAUAGCCCUACUGAGCAGACAAAUAGACAGACCGCACCAAUAAAUAAUGGCAGCGCAAGCGGACAGACAGAAAACGGACACCACAAUCAACAGUAUAGGUUAUUGGCUCGCAAUAACAGCUACAGCUGUCAGUGAGAAUGUCCACCAUUGAGUCCUUGAAAGCUGAGACGGUGAGACAACUUUCUAGCUUUAUCAUUUUUUGCAGAUGUGUUCCAGUCGCUAUCUGCAGCGAACUGAAUAGAGGAACGACCCAGGGAUGUGUUUGCUUUGGGGACUUUUAACAGAAUGUGGCAGAACGGUUACUGUAUAUAGAGGAGGAUGGUUGCAAUAGGUAUCUCGGGUAGGGGGGAGUGAGGCCCAAGAGGGCUUUGUUAAUGAGUAUCAACCAGUGGAUUUUGCUUAUAGCAUAAAGAGAUGGCCAGUUUACAGAGGAGUACAAUAAGGAUGUCAUUCUCAGAUUGGCAGGUAAGGGUGCACUUGAUCGGCUAGAUGUUCUGUACCAUUCUGCCGUUCCGAUUUGCAAUGGCAGAAAGGUACAGAACAUCUAGCCGCUCAAGUGCACCCUUACCUGCCGAUCUGAGAAUAACAUAAUCUAACAUUUGAUUCGGGGUUAGUUUGGCAGAGGAGCGAUGACAAUACAGAAAACCAAGCCUAGAUUAGAUGGCCUGAUUAAUGAUGUGGUAUUGAAUGUUCUCUCUGUCUCUGUCUUUAUCUCUGCAGCCAUCUUCCUCCAGCAGUGUCAUUUCCUCAGGCAUGCAGGCCACUCAGAAAAGGUUGUGCGCCUGUUCCAGUGCCUGCUGGACUUGACCUUCUUCAAGCCAGACACUGUCAAGGACCUAUCCACCAGACAACAGAACCUCUGUGUGACAGAUGAUGAAGAUAAUAAAGAUCAGGAGGAAUCAGAGGUGAAGGAUAAGACCUGGCCCAAGUGGAGGAUCUGGUUGGACGCGGAGACGUUACAUGAGGCCAUCUAUUGGCUGCCGUGGAGGGCAGACAAAACCAAAGGCUAAUCGGUGGAGGACUGUGAGGACCCGGACUUACAGCCUACAGUUCCUGAAGCAUGCUGCUGGAUGACCUGGCUCUGCUGGGGGACGUUCAUGAUCCUGACUCACCUCUGACGACCUUCCCGUCAGCCCCGUGGGUCACAUGACUUCGCUGCAGGGCACCAGGAGGGGGGCGUGGCUGUGCAAGCAGGGGGAGGAGUUUCUGUUCUCUACUCAGGAGAGAUCCGUCUUCUCACUGCACUGGAUCCAGUGUCAGAAGGGAAAGUGGAGAAGGGAAGAGUGCUCUCCAGGAUGUCCCAUGGGCCAAGGGUUUAUACAUGGACACGGUGCAGCUCUUUCCUGAGCACGUGCAGGAGUUCCUGGACCUGAUGACAGAGAAGGAGCUCAGACAGAGUUUCCAUGGAGGAGGUGGACAUACUGCUGGAGGAUUGAGGCUCUAAAACUCAGUGCAAUAGGAGCCUGGCUUCCUCAGACACUACUGUGGACACCCAGACGUCGUGCACUGACCAAUAGAACAGUGUCCUCAGAAAAAAUAGCAUUUUACUUUUCAAACAGUGUGAAUAAAUGAUUUUACACACGCUGUAUUAUGUGUUAAUUCAAAAAUGUCCAUAUAUUUUUUUUUUUAUAUCAAGGACUUGAGUUUAAACUGAUAAAAAAAAUGGAUUACUCUGAUAAUUUAAAAUGAAUGUUUUGUUUCCCAACACUGGUCUGCCAACCUUUAUUUCAAAAUAAGCUCUAAGCCUUUCACGCAUUGUGAAUCCUGAGGGAUGCUAGUGUGCAUUUCCUGCGGGAUAACGACAUCACAGCUAAAUGGUGUGGAACGGAGCACACCGGAGUGUACACUUUGGAGUCAGGAGGGAAGGAGAGAGGAAACGCAGACAUGAGGGUAGAGAAGCUUUAUAUAGUCUCAUUACUGCUUAUCCUUCAGAGUAGUAGAGCAUCCACUCUGGCUGUCUCAGAUAAAGAAUGUAAUGAUGAUGCAUUUCCUGUCCGGGAAGACUGUGAAGUUGACACAGUGUGUGGAGAAGCUAUAUGUCAUCACAACCAGUAUGUCACCUGCCAUGUCAACCGCUGUGGCACCUGUGAACCUGUGUUCCGAGGCUAUGACAACAUCACUGUCAACUGCACCCAGUUGACUCCCAAGUGUCGUCUAAUACACCUGGAGAUGUUGAGCAAGCACAGGACAGGAACCAUGUUAACUGGGGGGAGUUUAGGGACAAAGUACCAUCCAAACUGUGAUGGAGCUGGUAUGUUCAGACCUAAACAGUGCAGAGAGGAGGACACCAAACUAUGCUGGUGUGUUAACAAGGCUGGAGUCCCAGUCUCUGACAAGACACAUGACCCCCUCAAAUGUGACAGGCUGGUCACAGUCCAUGUCAUUGAUAUUCAAUUCACAUUUAAAGUGGAGUUCACACCUGUUGCAAAAACCAUGGAUGAGAUACAAAGGCAGCUGGUAUUAAAGCUGGACAGGGAAUAUAUGCUGGAUAAAACACAGAUCCUAGACAUAACUGUGCGGGAACUGUACCAAGUAGUGUCCAUCCGGCUGACUGACGACAGGACAGACAAAGAGCCAGUGGACAUAGCAACUGUGGCCUACUACAUUGAGAGAGAUUUGAAAAGCAACAGGUUUGGGUUUGAGGUGGACGGCCGGAGACUAGAGGUGGCGAGGGACUCCGUCAAGGUCCUAUUCUUUCACUAUGACCACCAACACAUGGACAUGAUGACCAUCAAGCCAGGCUUUGCUGCCCUCAUCCUCAUCAUUGCCCUGGCCAUUAUCAUUGGUGUUUCUGUGUCUGUGGUGGUACAAAGGAAAGCUCUGCUGGAGAGGAGAUUCCAGUUUGAAGUCAUUGAGGUUCAAGGGCAGAACAACGACCUGGAACAGCAAGAAGCUACCAUGACCUACUUUGUCAUGUGACAUACUUUAUCUUUGUUGGUUAUAGUAUAUUUUUUUAUUUUUUUAGUUGUCCCUCAGUUCAUUUAUAUGCAAAGUUGUUGUCCAAUUAUCUCUUUCCCUGACUGAAACAAUAGUCAGCUGCACAUUAUGGAAAUAUUGUAAUUGGUUGAUUUCUUAACAUGGAUUCUAAGCUGUUGCUUUAAUGAAAUAUUAAACAGGAAUUGACCAUGGUUGAAAAAAAAAAUUCAAUAUGUACUUUAUUUGAAAUAAAAAUCAGAAUUGUUUCAAAUUGUUUAUUUACUUCAAGAGGUGAUACUUAGGUUAUGGUAACAGACCAUAAUACAAGAUUGUUCAUUUGUUCAGAAAGCCAACUUACUUUAACAGCUGCAGAAUUGAAUACCCAACAGCUGGCUACAUCUAGUCCAAACUAUACAAUGAACAUGUAUGAAAGGUUUUACUAGGCAAUAACAGUUUUGAAGCAGUAAGUGAAAGAACAGGACAUUUCUGAAGUGCGUUCCGC